AUGGCGGCGGGCUCGGAUCUGCUGGACGAGGUCUUCUUCAACAGCGAGGUGGACGAGAAAGUGGUGAGCGAUCUGGUGCUGCUCGGGCCCGCCAUGCCGGGCGCGCUGCCGGGGCCUGUGCCCGGGACCCCCGCGGGGCUGGCGAAGGGCGCGGCCGCGGCGACCCCCAGCCUGCCUCGGACGCCGGCGGCCACCACCGGCGCUAUUCGGGCUACGCUGACACCCACCGUGCUGGCCCCGCGCCUGCCGCAGCCGCCGCAGAACCCGACCAACAUCCAGAACUUCCAGCUGCCCCCAGGAAUGGUCCUCGUGCGGAGUGAGAAUGGGCAGUUGUUAAUGAUCCCUCAGCAGGCCUUGGCCCAGAUGCAGGCCCAUGCCCAGGCCCAGCCUCAGAGUACCAUGGCACCCCGUCCUGCAACCCCCACAGGUGCUCCACCUGUCCAGAUCUCCACCGUGCAGGCUCCAGGAACACCUAUUAUUGCACGGCAGGUGACCCCAACUACCAUAAUUAAGCAAGUGUCUCAGGCCCAGACAACGGUACAGCCCACUACGACCCUACAGCGCUCUCCUGGGGUACAGCCUCAGCUUGUUCUGGGUGGCUCCGCACAGCCAGCCUCACUUGGAACAGCCACAGCUGUUCAGACAGGGACACCUCAACGAACAGUCCCUGGGGCCAGCACCACCUCCACAGCUGCCACGGAAACUAUGGAAAAUGUGAAAAAAUGCAAAAGUUUUCUAUCUACGUUAAUUAAACUGGCUUCCUCUGGUAAACAGUCUACAGAGACAGCGGCUAAUGUGAAAGAUUUAGUACAGAACUUACUGGAUGGGAAAAUUGAAGCAGAAGACUUCACUAGCAGGUUAUAUCGGGAACUGAACUCUUCACCUCAGCCUUACCUUGUGCCUUUCCUGAAGAGGAGCUUACCUGCCUUGAGACAGCUGACCCCAGACUCCGCGGCCUUCAUCCAGCAGAGCCAGCAGCAGCAGCCGCCUGCCUCGCAGGCCACGACUGCACUGACAGCUGUGGUGCUGAGCAGCUCAGUGCAGCGUACAGCUGGGAAGACGGCUGCCUCGGUGACCAGCGCCCUCCAGCCCCCGGUCAUCAGCCUCACGCAGCCCACACAGGUUGGCGUUGGCAAGCAGGCACCGCCCACACCACUGGUGAUCCAGCAGCCCCCGAAGCCUGGAGCCUUGAUCCGGCCCCCGCAGGUGACCUUGACGCAGACACCCAUGGUCGCAUUGCGGCAGCCUCACAACCGGAUCAUGCUCACCACACCACAGCAGAUCCAACUGAACCAGCUGCAGCCAGUCCCUGUGGUGAAACCUACCGUGUUACCUGGAACCAAAGCCCUUUCUACUGUAUCUGCACAAGCAGUUGCUGCACAGAAAAACAAGCUCAAGGAGCCCGGGGGAGGCUCCUUUCGGGAUGAUGAUGACAUCAAUGAUGUUGCGUCUAUGGCUGGAGUGAACCUGUCUGAAGAAAGUGCAAGAAUAUUGGCCACAAACUCUGAGUUGGUGGGGACAUUGACCCGAUCCUGUAAAGACGACACCUUCCUCCUCCCAGCACCUUUGCAGAGGAGGAUACUGGAAAUAGGUAAAAAGCACGGCAUCACGGAACUGCAUCCAGAUGUAGUGAGUUACGUGUCUCAUGCCACACAGCAAAGGCUGCAGAAUCUUGUAGAAAAAAUAUCUGAAACGGCUCAGCAGAAAAACUUCUCUUAUAAGGACGACGACAGAUAUGAGCAAGCGAGUGAUGUCCGGGCUCAGCUCAAAUUCUUUGAACAGCUGGAUCAGAUUGAAAAGCAGAGGAAAGAUGAGCAGGAGAGGGAGAUCUUGAUGCGGGCAGCAAAGUCUCGAUCCAGACAAGAAGACCCAGAGCAAUUAAGGUUGAAGCAGAAAGCAAAAGAGAUGCAGCAGCAGGAGCUGGCCCAGAUGCGACAGCGAGAUGCCAACCUCACUGCACUGGCAGCGAUUGGGCCUAGGAAAAAGAGGAAAGUGGACUGUGCUGGGCCAGGAUCGGGAGCAGAGGGCUCAGGCCCAGGCACAGCAGUCCCGGGUGGCUCCGGCGUGGGAACCCCCAGACAGUUCACACGGCAAAGAAUCACGCGGGUCAACCUCAGGGACCUCAUAUUUUGUUUAGAAAAUGAGCGUGAGACAAGCCAUUCACUGUUGCUCUACAAAGCAUUCCUUAAGUAACAGGAUGAGCGGCGUUUCUGACGGGAUGCUUGCGGACGUUUUUAUAUGUUUGCAGAUUACGCCUUUUUGUAACAAGCAAAUGGGAUAUUGUUAAACAGCCACCUCUUUACAAUGGAGCAGUUUUAUACUCCUGUUUAUAAUCAGCUCUUCAGUGCGGCAGAAACCGUGUCUGCAGCAGAAAGAACACAAAGGCCUGUGGAUGCUCUCACAGGACAGCUGACCCGAGCUCAUCCUCGGCUGAGUGGCCUUCUUGCCAAACAAGCCAUAUUUAAAGACUGAUGGAAGCGCUUAGCAAAUAAUUAGCAGUUGCUCAUCCUGUGUGCGUUUUGGUUCUGCUCACCCUGACUCACCCGCUAGGUGUAUGUCUACAGCCGAUGACCUCAUCUCUCAGUUUAUGUUGUAGCAGUCAGUUGGCGAAGCAAACUGAUUUUUUAGACUAUUUAUCACCCCACCCCCACCCUGUCCCUUACCUCCCUUCUACAUGAAACUCCCCAGGAACACAACCUCCAAGCAGGGUCCCCUGUCUGCCAGUGGAGGCUGGGGUGCAGCACCUGUACAAAUACGAUUUGUUUGCUGCAGUUUGGAAGCUGUAAAGUGGAAGGAAAUAAGAACCUUUUCAGCAUAAAUAUAUUUUACUUGCACUGUGUUUUUAGCUCAGAGUGAAGAUUUAGAUGAAAUAAAAUCAGAGUUGAGAAGAAUCAACAACAGACUGUUUCUCAGUGUGGAUCAAGUGUUGGAAAUGGUUGGUGUAUUUUGUCAGUAAUUGUACAUAAUUUUUGGCACAUAACAUAAAAUGGCUAUGUAAACUAUAAUUAUUUUGCUAAGAGACUGUAUGCAAGCUGUGGCCAACCUUACAGGCGUCCAGAGCAAAGCCCCUUCUUUGUACCUAUUUUUUUAUUACAAAUAUACUAAUUGGUUCUUUAUAUUUUCAGAGGUUAUUGUAUUAAAUUGUCUAUUGAUAGUACUUUUAUGACUGUAAAUACUUGGCUUUCUCCGUGUGGAUUCUCAUGUUAGACUUCAAUUCGCACGUGUGAACUGAACGCUGAUCAGUAUUUUUUACGACACCUGAGAACUGUUACACCUUUCAUUUUAUCUUUUAGGAAAUCCCCGUCUUUCCAUUUUUUCAUGUAAAUUUUGCACAGUUACUUGUUAAUAUGUAAAUAUUUUACUUUCAGAAAUGAAGUUUUU